AUGCACCAUCAAAUCACGUUGCAAGGGAGGUACUUCAGCACAUUCCCGACCCUUGACAUGUUACAUCCGCCAAAAGUCGACAAUUCCAAACCACAAAUGAUUGACAUUUUAAUCCACCAAAAAGAUGAAAUUUUAAAUCCACCAAAAGUUGACAUUUUAAAUCCACCAAAAGUUGACAUUUUAAAUCCACCAAAAGUUGACAUUGUAAAUCCACCAAAAGUUGACAUUUUAAAUCCACCAAAAGUUGACAUUGUAAAUCCACCAAAAGUUGACAUUUUAAAUCCACCAAAAGUUGACAUUUUAAAUCCACCAAAAGUUGACAUUGUAAAUCCACCAAAAGUUGACAUUUUAAAUCCACCAAAAGUUGACAUUUUAAAUCCACCAAAAGUUGACAUUUUAAAUCCACCAAAAGUUGACAUUUUAAAUCCACCAAAAGUUGACAUUUUAAAUCCACCAAAAGUUGACAUUUUAAAUCCACCUAAAGUUGACAUUUUAAAUCCACCAAAAGUUGACAUUUUAAAUCCACCUAAAGUUGACAUUUUAAAUCCACCAAAAGUUGACAUUUUAAAUCCACCAAAAGUUGACAUUUUAAAUUCACCAAAAGUUGACUCAAUGUGGCAGGUGUGGUACUGCAGUUGA